UACCGUCAGAAUGACGCAGAGCUAAUCUCAUCCUGCUAGCGGUCUGACUGUUAUAACGUCUCAAAUUAAUAAAUAGAUCUAAAUCAACUGCAGAAUGGAUUCUGAAACCGGACAAAACAUAAAAUCAGAUCACGAUGAAGAUAAAACUUUAAAAUUUACACCACAAAGAGGUGGAAGUUUGCUAGCUACAAGAAGAAGGACACUUCACUCAGAAUGUAAGAAAGUCAACUCCAGUUUUAAAUCUCCUGUUCAGGUUUCUAGCAUGCCGAAUAACAGAGUGUGUGUUGAGGAGGAGGUCAAAGAACUACAGAACACACUGCUGCAGCUGGAGUCUGACAUCAAACUGCUGGAAAACGAAGGAGUGUGUGUGCACGAGCUCGAUCUCCACAUUAACCUGCUGCAUGAAUAUAACGACAUCAAGGACAUCGCACAGACUCUUCUAGGCAGACUGGCCGGCCUGCGCAGCGUCACCACACGCGACUUGUACGCUCGGUUCGGCAUGGAGCUGGACGACUGAUUGGCUGAACUGUGCUGUGGGAGGACAGACCAUGGUGUUCCCACUGACGGGUGACUCUGGAGUUGAAACAUUUUCAUUCUGACUUCCACAGUCUCACUCAGUGAGUUACUCCACCAGCAAAGCUCCUUAAGGGCUCUUUUUACUGAGUGACUGAGUGGUACGAGGAAGCGGUGUCACUAAUACACCCAGAAGUGCAAAAAUCUGUUUAUUAUCAGUUGAGCAUCUGCUUUACAAGUCUCAGUGAAUUAGCUGUUGUUGUAGAUAUAAUAAUGUAUUAAUAUAAACCUGCAUUUUAUCAUUAAUCACCUGAACAGUUACUUUUCAUCUCUCUACAGUGUAAAAAGUCAAUGUGUAAAAGUCACUGUUUAAACUGUUAGAGUUUAACUGUAAAAUGUUGAUGGCUGUAAUGUUCCAGUGUUUGUUUUGUUGGACAUAAAAAUAAUAGAUGUUUUGUUCACUUUAGUCAAAUCAAAGCAAUAAAACCUCUCUGAACAUUCUGUAGGUGAUAGAUGAUGGGUGGGGAAGUGAAAUACCUGACACGAGCUGUGGACAACACUGAUAAUGUCUAUAGCUCUGAUAGCAGCCUGCAGUAAUCUCUUCUUUAUCUAUAAACACUGUUAGCUAAAAGACCAUUCACACUCACUCUUAUUUCAUCAUGUCUGAAUUUCAAACCACACAAAGUCUAUAGCAACUGAAAUAACGUCUAAUUGCAUUUUAUGUUAUUUAUAAUAAAACUAAUUUGUUUGAAUGUA